AUGGCCGCACCACAUCCCCCAUUCGGCUCACGCUCCGCCUACGCAGGCGCAGGCUCAAAACUCCCCGAGCGCCCAAACCCACUCCCAUUUAGCGCGUCAGCUUUUUCUCGGAAUAGAGGCGUUCUCGGCAGUGUGAAUAACAACAUCAACAACAACAACAAUACAGAGUCAGCGCAACAACAACAACAACAACAGCAMCCGCCUAUACCGCCACAACAUUCGCAGAAUCAUGCUAGUAGCAGUGCAGCAGCAGCGACGAUGAUGAUGGGGACCGAUGCUGGUAGUGGCGCGAACCCGUUGAGCCGAUUGACGGAGGAGCAGCGGGAAGAGAUCAAUGAAGCUUUUACACUCUUCGACCUGGACCGCGACCGCCACCUAGACUACCAUGAACUACGAGUCGCCCUCCGAGCCCUCGGCUUCACCCUCCCCAAACAAGAACUCAUUUCCCUCCUCACGACAUACGGCGUUCCGCGACCCCAAGUCCAGCAACAGCAACAACAAGGCCAACCAUCAACAGCACACCCCAACAAACCAAACAACAACAGUAAAGACCCCCCACCGCACCCAUCCUCGCUGCUCAUGCCACUCUCAGCCUUCCAAACCGUCACAGCACACAAAAUCCUUGAACGAGACCCGCGCGAAGAAAUUUUGCGCGCCUUUGAAUUGUUCGAUGAAGGCGGGAAAGGGUACAUUGAUCUCGAGGAUUUGAGGCGUGUGGCCCGCGAAUUGGGUGAGACGGGUCUUGAGGAGGAUGAGCUGAGAGCCAUGAUUGAGGAGUUUGAUCUUGAGGGGGUGGGUGGUGUGACCAGGGAUGGCUUUUUGAGUAUUUGUUGGCAAUAA